AUGGAGCAAAACGAAAAGUUCCAGGAAUAUUUGCGAGAUGUAGAAAAGAAACCCGUCCCGUUGACACACAACUUUUACGAGUCAUAUCUGAGGAGAAAUCCGACAAGUGACGAUACGAUUACAAAUUCGAGUACAUCAAGCGGAAGUACAAGUAAGUAUUUAGCAAAAUCUUUCAGCAGAAACCGACAAAAACUUAUUUUUGACCUGAAAUAGAGUUCGUUGUGUGUUUAAUGUGCUUAUAGUUUCAGGAGCUCUACACGAAUCGACGACGGCACAGAUUGUGAAGGACUUGCUGACGAGCAAUCAGCAGCUGAUCGAAGAAGCAGCUAUGCGACAAGCGGCGACGGCGGUCAACGUGAACACGCAACAGUACACAAAUCUCAUUCCGCUCUCGUUCGACCAAGAGGAAUUUAUCCGCCAACACGAGGCUCAGAAUCGCAAGAAAUAA